AUGUGGAUAAACUAUACUCGUCGAGUGUUUAAGCCGUCUGCCCAUCAUAGGCUUUGUGAGGAGCAUUUUUCGUCGGCAUGUUUUGCCCGUGAUCCGAAAGCUUUGGUUCCUUUUGGCAUGCCGUCACCAUAUUGCCGAAGAGUUUUGAAGAAAGGGGCAGUUCCCGAUGUUCCUCUGUGUACAGAAGCAAUCAAUCUUCCUCCACGACCCCAUGUACGAGGAGCGUUUGAGAAGAGAGCAAGAGCAGAGAUUUUCUCUACUGUCAUUUGUAAAAAUGACUAUGAGCUUGAGGAGACUGAAGGCCAGGAUGAGGAAAUGAGCACAACACAGAUACCAGCAACAUCCAACAUGACUAACACCAACCAUGUAUACAGCCAAACUGAGUCAACCUCCAUGUGCAACAAAAAGGUUCAGGUAAAGCUUCUACCCCCACAAAGGACUCGUGCGCACCAGACUGAUACAGCAACAUCUCCUAUGUAUCGGUCAUUUGGAACUCAAACAGAUCCAAAAGUCACAAAGCUACGAGUAGCUUCUGCCAUCAGCCAUGAAACUCCAUCUGAUAAGUUUGAUAGGGAGGAAGAAGAUGACAAUCAGUGUGUGUCAAUGGACACUACUAUUCAUGGAGGAGUCAGUCAUGUCACAAGACUUUACCCCUGGAGUAAUCUGAUGACAGCUUCUGCAAUAAUAUCAAGUGGCAGCACUGCAUCAAAGGUCCUGCAACUAUUCAAUAACAUGAAUUUGCAGAUGUUCAGUUUAAGAACUUGUAACCGUUUGACAAGUCUUUAUGUUGUACCAGCUAUUCAGGCAACUUGGACUUCUGCACAAGCUGACCUGUUUGAACAAUUACAAGGUCAUGAAGUAGUUCUUGGAGGUGAUGCUAGAUGUGACUCUCCAGGAUACUGUGCAAAGUAUGGCACUUACACCCUCAUGGAUCUGCAGGCCAACAAGAUCCUCACUACUAAUUUAGUGCAGUGCAAUGAGGUAGCAAGUUCAACCCAUAUGGAGUUAGAGGGCCUCAAGAGAGGUCUAGCCUACGUUACCAGGCACGUGACUGUGAAGGCUCUUGUGACUGACCGCCACAGCAUGGUGAAAAAAUACAUGAGGGAAGAACACAGCAACACAAAGCAUUACUUUGAUGUUUGGCAUGUAGCGAAAGGGAUAUCAAAAAAGCUUGAAGCUAUGGCCAAGAAAAAGAAUGGGCAAGAAAUUCGGCCUUGGAUAAAGGCCAUUGUGAAUCAUAUGCACUGGGUUUCUGCUUCAUGUGAUGGUGAUGGCGAACUGGUAUCGGCCAAAUGGUUGUCUUUGCUGAACCACAUCAGCAACAAACAUGAGGGACAUUCAGAGAAGUAUGCAGCAUGUGAACAUGGGGAAAUAACUGAGGACCGAGAAUGGCUGAAGAAAGGUAUGUUUGUUGUAUUCCUGCAAAACAAUAUAUUAUUUUACUAUUUUUAG